AUAUGAGCAAGACAGUCUGUGCAAAGUUAUUAACUAGUGAACAUGGCUCGCUCCGUUCUCGUUUCGAUCAUGUGCCUUUUUCUGGCCGGUGCCCAGGCAGGUCGCCUAAAGUUCUGCGACGGCUCAUCCGAAAAGUCGUGUGUUGAUCGUUCUUUGUGCAAUUACGGGGAGGUCCAUCAGGCUUCUGGAAAGUACGUCGGAGUGUAUCAAGAGCAUAGCAGUAAAUUAGAGUGCUCCAGCACCCAAAUUUGUUGCCCCAAUGAUAAAAUUACGAAAGAAACUAAGAAGACUGUGCCAGUACCCACUAAAUGCGGACAACGAAACCCUAAUGGUCUGACAUUCUACAUCGAUUCCGAAACCUACGCCCAUGAAGGCGAGUUUCCUUGGGUGGUCGCCCUGAUGACUCUUAACAAUACUUACAAGGGCGCCGGAUCCCUGAUCGCCGACAACUUGGUGAUCACGGCCGCCUCCAAUGUGAUCGGAGAAAACCAGAACUCACUGAAGGUACGUGCCGGCGAAUGGGAUAUGGCGACCAAUACCGAGAAAUACGCCAGUGUGGAGGCUGGCAUCCAGCUGAUCAUACCCCAUAAAAAAUUUGACAAAAUAAAUCCUCAAUACAACAUUGCCAUACUGCUACUCCAGCAUCCAUUAUCGCGCUUGCCUCACGUAUAUCCCGUUUGCCUGCCGUCGCCGGAUCAGAGAUUCGACUUAUCCCGCUGCAUCACCAACGGGUGGGGUCGGGAAAAGUUUGAGGACACAGAUAACGUGCAUGUCAUGAAGAAAAUCGAAGUGCCAGUGGUUCCUGCUGGGAUCUGUGAGCAAAAGAUAAGUAGGGCUAUUGGGUCGCCGUUUAGCUUGCACGAGAGCCUGCUCUGCGCCGGCGGAGAGAAGGACAAAGACUCCUGCUUGGGAGACGGUGGUGGACCCCUUGCCUGCCCACUGCUUGAUGAUCCUUCCCGGUUCGAGCUAGCCGGUAUCGUAAACUGGGGCGUGCAUUGUGGUCUCGAGGGCAUUCCGGCCGUGUACAUCAAUGUCGCCAUUAUGCGCCCUUGGAUCGACCAGAUUAUGGACAUCUUAUGAAUACCAUAGUUAUCCAUACAGCGCCAUUUUCCAUUGAAAACUUAACAAUUAAUGAUUUAAAUAUUAUAAAUACAUAUAAAUGAUUAGUAAUAUGUUCAUAUAGUGAAUAAAUAAAGUUUUGCAUCUGAAA